AUGAGGGAAAGAGAGGGGUUUGAUGCGGUCGUGUGUGGGAGCGCACUGAAGCUGCAGCAUGUGCACUCCAAGUACAGGCUGCACAGCCAUGGAAUUGCGUACGGGACUCGCGGUGGCGGAUCUGGACAACAGUCUGUGACAGCAGUGAAGGAUGAAACCGAUAGCAACAGCUUCUGGCAAGUCACAGGACCCGUCGGACAAGACUGCACUGUAGGGGAGCCGAUCAAGUGUGGCAGUAGCAUCCGGCUGCUUCACGUCAACACCAACAAGUAUCUCCAUUCCCACGCUGGAUUUGUAUCACCAUUGUCGCACAACCAAGAAGUGUCUGCACUCGGCCCAAAGGAAAACGAUGAUGAAGGAGACAACUGGAGCGUGGAGUGCAGCCGCGGGGAUGUGUGGCUGCGCGACGCCGCCGUCAAGUUCAAGCACGAUGUCACGGGAUACUACCUCCACCACACCAACAAGCACACGUUUGGGCGCCCCAUCGCUGGGCAGAAGGAGGUGUGCGCGUUCCCCUACCCCACAGACUUUGGCAGCUGGCGAGCAGCGGAGGGCUACUAUUUCAAGGAGAGCCAACACAAGGAGGAUGAGGAGGAGGAUGAGGAGGACGAGGAGUAGCUGCAACCAAUCAAGCAAUCAAGCAGACAGUCAGGGAGCCAAGCAGGCAUGGUUCAUGCGUGCGCACUCACACACACGCACACACACACACACACACACACGCACGCACACACACACACACACGCACG